UUGAUUUAGCUACACGUUCGUGGAGCAAAAUGGAGUCAUCAGUCAAAGAAGAAACUACAAGUUAAUGUUGAAGUCAUAUGUCUUCAAAAAUUUGAUUUAGCUAAUAGAAAAGUAGCAGUCUUUUUUGUUUAUCAAAUGCUCAUACGCCAUUCCACAGCUUGCUGCAAUCAUGUUGCUUGUUUUGUUGCUUUUUUCUUGUUGCAAGGUGACCCUUUCCGCCGAUGAGCUCCCUUACGUGCCUUCAGAUAACUUGGCAAUGGAUUGUCCCCCAUCAGAUGCACCAUCGUAUUUCAGACCAAAUUCUCUCAUGCAACAAAAUUUCAUUUUUUCAGCUGUGUCCAGAAUAUACGAUAUAGAACCCCAUAACCAUGGUGAGAAACCAAAAUCUUCUCCUUGCAUUAUUACAGAACAGUUCACAUACACAUUUCCUGUCUCCAUUGGCCCUAAGUUUGUUCGCCUGUACUUUAAACCAAUUACUAAUUCAGGUUUGAAUAUAUCCAACGCAUUGUUCUCCGUCAGCGUUGGUCAGUUUACACUUCUAACUACUUCUGAAUCCUCUUAUUGCAAACUCAAUUCAGAUGCUGGUUAUGUUGUAAGAGAAUUCUGUGUCAACACACAUGGCCAUGUAUUAAAUGUGACGUUCACUCCAUCUUCCAAGAUUUCAGAUGCUUAUGCCUUUUUUAACAGGAUUGAAAUUGUCUCCAUGCCUUCAAAACUUUACAUCCAAGAAAAUUUUCCACUUCCACUCGUCGGACAACCUUCUCACUUUUCUAUGGAGAACUCUACAGCUCUUGAGAUGAUGCACCGGUUGAACGUAGGAGGGGAUUUGAUCCCUCAAGUGGAAGAUACAGGCAUGUUUCGACUCUGGACAAGUGACGUUGAUUACUUUAUAGGUGAUGAAGUUGAGACGAUAAAUAUUGAAUCACAAGUUCAAAUUCAGUCAAGCUCAUUGAUACCUGCAUAUGCUGCUCCAGACAAAGUUUACGCAUCUGCCAGGACAGUUCAGGAUAAGUUUUCCGGCAACUAUACUGCUAUAUGGUCAUUUCCUGUUGAUUUCGGCUUCUAUUACCUUGUCAGGCUCCACUUCUGUGAGAUUUCAAGGAGGAUUCAGAAAGAUGGUCAGAGGUUGUUUCAUGUUUAUAUCAAUGAUCAAACUGCUGAAGAUGAUGCCGAUAUUUUCCAUUGGAGCCAUGGUGUUGGAAUUCCCAUUUACAGAGAUUAUAUCAUCAACCUCUCAAAACCAGGAGAGGGCAUAAAGCAUCUAUCAAUCAUGAUAGGAAGUAAAAAUGGAUCAUCUACAAUGCAUGAAUUUCCAAUUUUAAAUGGGUUGGAAAUUUUCAAGUUGUCUGAUCAUUCUGGCAAUCUAGCAGGACCCUUUCCAUUUGGAGUAAGAAAUCUGCAUCAGCAUUCAGCCUUCCAUGAAGAUGUUCAUGCUGUGGAGUUAAUACUAAGGGUUAUUGGCACAAGUUUGUUUGCAGUGAGCUUUCUUUUGUUAUUACGUCUGAUAUUUUCAACUUUUAAGCAGCAGAGAGAUAAAUUUAAGCAAGGGCGAUCAUCAGGCUAUUGUCGAAUCUUCUCAAUUGCUGAGAUAAAGUCAGCAACAAACAAUUUUGCAGACAAUCUAAUCAUCGGCACUGGCGGAUUUGGCGUAGUUUAUAAAGGAACCAUCGGCGGUGGCAGUACCAGAGUUGCCAUAAAGCGUGCCAAUCCAAGUUCACACCAAGGUUUAAAAGAGUUUCAAACUGAAAUCACCAUGCUUUCAGAGCUACGACACCACCAUUUAGUAUCUCUGAUCGGGUACUCCAUGGAGAAAAACGAAAUGAUUCUUGUUUAUGAUUACAUGGCUCGAGGUACGCUACGUGAUCACCUCUACAACACCCAGAAGCCUCCACUUCCAUGGCGGCAAAGACUCAAGAUUUGCAUUGGAGCAGCACGAGGACUACAGUACCUGCACACAGGUGUAAAGAGCACUAUCAUUCACCGAGAUAUCAAGAGCACCAACAUACUGUUAGACGACAAAUGGGUUGCAAAGGUUUCAGAUUUCGGGUUAUCAAAAGCAGCCCCGAGCCCGAUGACACAGUCCAAGACCAAAAUUCAUGUUUCAACCAUGGUGAAGGGUACCUUCGGUUACCUAGAUCCUGAAUAUUAUCGACGACAAAAACUAACAGAAAAAUCUGAUGUAUACUCAUUUGGAGUGGUACUGUUUGAGAUUUUAUGUGCCAGGCCUGCUGUGCUGCCAAAGGAAGAGAUUGAAGAAGAAGAGUAUUAUGAGAAAGCGAAUUUGGCAGAAUGGGCAUUGCGCUACUGCCAAAUGGGGAUCCUUGAUCAGAUGAUUGAUCCAGAUUUGAAGGGAAAAAUCUCCCCUGAAUGCUUCAGGACUUUCACUGAUGUAGCGAAGAAGUGUUUGGCAGAAAAGGGAAAUGAAAGGCCCUCCAUGGGAGAUGUGUUGUGUAAUUUGGAGCUGUCAAUGCAACAGCAGAAUGCUGCAGAUGUGGAAGAGGAGAUGUCUGCGAAAGAGGCAACUGGAAGGAUGAAUGGCGAUAUUGGUAUAGUGAUUGAUGAUGGAAAAUUUCUUUGCUCUAAUAAUUCAGAUAAAACUCCAGGGGUGGAAUUCUCUGAGAUUAUGAUUCCCAUUGGACGUUGA